AGGGGGCAGCACCGCCCUGAAAAACUCACAGGACGGAGAGCUGGCCGGAAAUGACAGCGAGUAAAUGACGGGAAAAGAAAAUGGAGGCGGCAGUGUUCAUUCUGUCGCUUGUGGACUGCUGUGCACUGAUUUUCCUCUCUGUCUACUUUAUUAUUACCCUGUCUGAUCUAGAAUGUGACUACAUCAAUGCGAGAGCAUGCUGCUCCAAACUGAACAAAUGGGUAAUUCCAGAGAUGAUUGGCCAGUGUCUUUCCACGAUGCUGAUGUUGGUCUCCAUGCACUGGUUCAUCUUCCUCCUCAACCUGCCUGUAUCAGCCUGGAACAUUUACAGGCACGUGAAGGUUCCGAUGGGAAACAUGGGUGUGUUUGACCCUACUGAGAUCCACAACCGAGGUCAGCUCAAGUCCCACAUGAAGGAGGCCAUGAUCAAACUAGGUUACCACUUGCUCUGCUUCUUCAUUUACUUGUACAGCAUGAUCUUGGCUCUAAUCAACGACUGAAGCACUCACCAGGCUCUGUGACCCAAGCUGUAAAAUUCCAAACUCCAGGGUUUUUUCUAUGUUUCCCCUUGUGUCCUGCUCCUGUACUGUAUGCAUCAACAGUUUCAGAACAAGUUUACAAUUACUGUGCUAACAAUGUUCACACUGUUAUCUGUUUUGUCACAGUCGCUGUGUUAUAACCUUGAAACCAUACGAAGUCUGAUAUUAAACCAUUUAACAAUUCAGUACCGACAUGACAAAAUUCUGUUGUAAUGGGAACUCAAGUCAUCAAUUAUUUUUCUUCAGCCUUUAUCUGCAGCCGUUAGUAAUGGCAGCUCAAGUGUAAGUGUUUUUACCGUCAAAGUCAAAUUGGGAAAAAUGCAGAUAUUGCCUCAAAUUCCAAAACACAGCAUACCUUGUUUUGCCCAAUGAUGUACCAUUCAAGCCUUGGGGGAUGAGGACUAUCACUCUGUCAUUCACAAAGUCAAGCUUUUGGUUUGAGUGCUCUGAAAUAGUAGUCUGCCUUUUUAGUUGACUUUGUGUCAUGUCUGUAGUUGUUCUCAUGUGGUUGCAUUUGUGUGAGGUUUUUUAAAUUAUUUUUCUACUUUAUUUUAGCUUACUUGUUGUGUCACUCUUGGUUUUGUCCAAUGCUAUUACUGCUCCUUUAUUUCUUUAGGUCUCACAUUCUCCCACCUAACUAACAUAAUGGGUUAAGCUUGUACAAACGAUUUGGUCAAAGUAUCAAAGUUUUUUCUGGAAUCAGGGUUUUGUGAUGAUAUUGAAGUGUAGUGAAAACUGUUAUUGGGACAUUACUCAUUCUGUUCUGAAAUUGUUUAUGCAUACAGGAGCUGCUAGACCUCCAGCAUCACACUCCAUCUUUGAUCAUCAAUGCAACACACACACACACACACUCUCUCACUCUCACUCUAUUGUUGUACGGGACAGAUGUUGCAUCACACAUGGAUUCUGUCUGAACUGCUCAGUCUAGUGUUUUUGCCAUGAAACGGGUUGUUCCACACUGUGUGUAAAGAAAAGAGACUAAAUACAAACUGAGUGGCAGAUGGAAUUUGACCUCAGUCAUGUGCCAUUUGUAUGUACUGAGUGACUUUUACAUUGACGUUCCCUUUGUUAGCAGUCUUCUCAGCUCUUCACUAGAAUGAUGGAUGUGUGCGCUCUUAGUCUCAUAGUGUAUAGGCAGAGCAUGGCUGUACAGUACAUUCCUACCUGCCCUGUACUGUAAAAGGCUGUAGUGCGAGCCACAUGCAGGUACCCUGGAGAAAUGCUGGUCACUGAGUUCAUUUCUGAUUCAUACUAUAAUAUCUUUUUGGGAGGGAAUAUUUCAUAAAUAAACAUGAAAGAAAAGGUU